AUGGCAUCGUCAUCAGCUCCAGCAACACCGUUGCUAUACGCGUGCAUCGCCUACAACACGACCAUCCUGACCGAGUGCACCACCUCGGCCUCGUCGCAGACGUCGUCGCUGGCCUCGCUGAUCCUGCCCAAGAUCGAGCACAGCACGCCGCAGAAGCUGACCUACACCCACGGCUCCCACCACAUCCACUACAUCGCCGAGGCGCCCUCGGCGCACCCGGCCGGCUCGUCGGCGGGCGGGCUCACCUUCCUCGUCAUCGCCGAGGCGAGCCUGGGCCGCCGCGUGCCCUUCGGGUUCCUGAUCGAGGCGCGCCGGCUCUUCCUCGAGCGCUUCCCGCCCGAGACGGCCGAGCUCGACGAGCUGCCCAACUACGGCGCCGCCAGCUUCAACGGCGAGCUGCGCCGCCUCAUGGUCGAGCAGGGCGGCACGGCGGCGGGCCGCGACGACGCCGUGGCCAACGUGCAGCGCGAGAUCGACGACGUGCGGGGCAUCAUGACGCGCAACAUCGAGGGCCUGCUGGAGCGGGGGGAGCGCAUCGACCUGCUCGUCGACAAGACGGAUCGCCUCGGCGGUAGUGCGCGCGAGUUCCGCGUCCGGAGCAGGGGCCUGAAGCGGAGGAUGUGGUGGAAGAACGUCAAGCUCAUGAGCUUGCUCGUCCUGGUCGUGGUGCUCAUCAUCGUGACCAUUGUCGUCGCCGUCAAGACCUGA